GUGUGAGGGGGUUUAAUAAGGGGGGCUCAGGAGUUGGUCUUGCUCUGUUCUGGGUGGUGGGGAUCGGAAGUCCUUCCUCAUUUUUAAGAUUUUUUUUAAAUUUUAACUCACUGAAACUACAAUUAAUUUCCAAAUAAGCAAAGAAACAUGAAUUGGAGCUGGGUGCUUAUGGCAGUCCUUCUGUCUUGCGGGGGACUGUCAUGGGGUGAGCAGGGUUUGGACUUCCCUGAGUACGAUGGGAUGGACCGGGUCAUCGAGCUGACUYCCAAGAACUACAAGUCUGUGAUGAAGACGCAUGAUGUGAUGGUUCUGUACUACCAUGAGCAUCCCGGAUCCGAUGCCGUUGCCCAGAAACAGUUUGAAAUCGAGGAACUGGCCCUGGAGCUUGCAGCUCAGGUCCUUGGUGACCUUGACGAUGAGGAUAUUGGAUUUGGCCUUGUUGAUGAGAAGAAGGGCAGUGUUGUUGCUAAGAAACUAGGACUUGAGGAGGCCGACAGCAUCUACAUUUUCACCGAGAACGAGAUCAUUGAGUACGAUGGGGAGCUUGCUGCAGACACAAUUGUGGAGUUCAUCUAUGAUGUUCUUGAAGACCCAGUUGAGAUCAUUGAGAACGAUCCGGAGGUUAAAGGUUUCCAUAACAUUGAGGAGGAUAUCAAACUGGUUGGCUACUUUAAGAGCGAAAAGUCUGAACAUUAUUUGGCCUAUGUGGACGCGGCUGAGGAGUUCCACCCACACAUCAAGUUCUUCGCUACAUUCACUCCCAAGGUUGCCAAGGAUCUGGGCCUGAAGGUGAAUGAGGUGGACUUCUAUGAACCCUUUAUAGAUGAACCCAUAGUUAUCCCCGGAAAGCCCUACACAGAGGAGGAGCUUGUCGAGUACAUAGAGGAUCACGACAGACCAACCCUGAGGAAGAUGGAGCCCGAUAACAUGUAUGAGAUCUGGGAGGAUGACAUCGAUGGUGAGCACAUCAUUGCAUUCGCAGAAGAGGAUGAUCCAGAUGGUUUUGAGUUCCUGGAAAUCCUAAAGGAAGUAGCAGAGGAGCACAAUGAUAAUCCCAACCUCAGCAUUGUCUGGAUUGAUCCAGAUGACUUCCCGCUGCUUGUCCCAUACUGGGAGAAGACCUUUGGAAUUGACCUGGGCUCUCCCCAGAUUGGUGUUGUGGAUGUUGAAGAUGCCGACAGUGUAUGGAUGGAAAUCGACAAUGAUGACGACCUACCAAGCGCAGAUGAGCUUGAGGAAUGGAUUGAAGAUGUUCUUUCAGAUGAAAUUGAUCCAGAUGACGAUGAUGAUGAUGAUGAUGACGAUGAUGAUGAGUAAAUUGUUGAUCUCAUCAUUUCACUGGCCUAUGUCUAAAUCUGGCCAAUAUAAUAGAAUUGGCCAAUCACAUCAUCCCCUUCCUCAAGUUUUCCUUGUCCUCUGUUGUAACACGUCAUUAAGUUAAAUAUGUCCGCUCAUAUGGACAUCCUCAUGUUUUCAACAUCCUUGCUCAGAGCAUCUUGUCAAAAUAUUGUUUCAUUUUUUCACUUUGCUUUGAAUCCAUAAAAGACAGUACUUUCUCAGA